AUGGAGAGCUGGCUCUGUUUUCUGCUGCUGUGCACACUAAGUUCAGUGCCUGCCUCGGGAGAGCAGACAAGAAAUGAUGAUGACAUCGACCUUGUCAGCUUUCUGAGGAGUAUCUACUCGGGGCUACUGGUGAGAGACGAGCCGUUCAUCAUCAACAGAGACUUUGAGAUAAACUCCCUGAAGGAGCUGGGACGCCCUGCAGACUUCUCCAUCACGGAGCAGACCAAGGAUAAACCAGUCAGACAGGAUUCAAAUGCAGCUCCGGGACCUGUGGUGUUAACUAAAGACGGACAGAUCAAGGGGGUGACGGUGGAUAAGAGUCAUAUUUUCUAUGGGGUGCCGUUUGCGGAUCCUCCCGUCGGGGCUUAUCGCUGGAAGCCCCCCAGACCUGUGAGUCCUGGCCGGGGGUUUAUGAUGCCUCCUUUCCCAGGGCGGCGUGCAUGCAGGCCUGCAGUGGACCAAUCUCAGAGGAGUGUGAGCGAGGACUGUCUCUACCUGAACAUCUUCGUCCCUCUGGAUGUGGACUUCAGCUCCCCUCUGAGGAGCACACUGCCCGUCAUGGUGUGGAUCCACGGCGGGGAUUUCAUCGCUGGUUCUGCCUCCAAGCCGCUGUAUGAUGGACGCUUCAUCAGUAACUUCACACACACUGUUGUCGUUAGCAUGGAGUACAGACUGGGUGCCUUUGGGUUCCUGGUGUCGGGGAAAGACCCCCACACCUCAGCUGUGGGAAAUUAUGGGAUCUUGGACCAGCAGGCGGCUCUCCUUUGGGUCCAACAGAACAUCGCAGGGUUUGGAGGGGAUCCCAGCAAGGUGACAGUAUUUGGGGAGAGUGCAGGUGCUCAGUCAGUGAGUCUUCACCUGAUGAUCCAGAGCAGUAAACCUCUGUUUAAACAGGCUGUGCUGCAGAGUCUGCCCUUCUCCAUCCCUCUCAAGACCAGACACGACGCCCUGAAGCUGGGAAAAGACUUCGCCAAACAGACCAACUGCUCAGUGAGCGACAUCGUCUGCCUGCUGUCUCUCUCUCCACAGGCCGUCCUGGCCGCCCAGAUGAAAACAAGUUCCAAGAUUGUGAACCCGUUUAGGUUUCUGGAGGUUUUCGAGACGUGGGGUCCCCACAUCGACGGGGAGUUCAUAAAAGAGCAAGCUGUGACCGCCUUCCUGAAGGGCCACUGGCAGAAGGAGAAGCAAGUGCUGCUGGGUACGACCUCAGAGGAAGGGGUGAUCUUUGUGUAUGGUGUCUUCAACAAGCCGGUGUCUGCAAUAGAGAGCACGGUGUACAUCACCGCCAUCUUUAAACAACACGCCCUGCGGAUCCUGCACAAGUACCUUCCUCUGUACAGGGACACCGACCGCAGGAACAUGCUCGCUCAGAUUGUCACAGACUACGUCUUCCUGUGUCCUUCCAGGAGGUCGGCGCGGGCAGCCACAGCAGCGGGAAGCGAGGCGUGGAUGUACACGUUCGACCACGUGGCGUCGGAUCACCGCGUGUGGUCAGGUCUGACUUUCUGCUAUCAGCACGUCUGCCACGGCGCCGAGCUGCCUUUUCUCUUCCACUCCGCCUCGGUUGCCAACUUCACGCUCUCGCCUCCCGAGAAGCUGCUGUCCAAUCGGAUGCUGUGUUACUGGGGCGCCUUCGCUCACACCGGCAACCCCUCCUCGCGGGUCCAACAGUCGACUUUCUGCCGAGAGCAGCGUCUCCCCGUUUGGCCGCGCUACUCUGACACCAGUGGCUGGCUGAUGAUGAACCUGACAGUUCGGUCACACGCACAGGUCGGAACCAGGAACCAUGUGUGCGACUUCUGGGACCACCUGGGAAUCUAUUAG